CUCCACUUAUGUGAUGCACCAUGACCUUUAUCAGAGAUUUAGGUGUUUGGAAUCACCGUGUGACAUCAGGGUUGAAGAUCGCGACCCUGAGUCGGAUGAUGUUUUCGCUUCGGACAGUAAGGUAACGGUAAAAUCACCUGAAGUGGGGGCACUCAUCGCUUCUCUCCGCCAGUUCAUUUACUCAAUCGUUCUUCAGCUUGCUUCAAGUUCAUUAAAAAUAAUGCCACAAUGGGAAACUGUUUUUGUUACUGGCGGAGCUGGUUAUAUUGGAAGUCACUGUAUAGUAGAACUCUUGGAGGCAGGAUAUGAAGUGGUUGCUGUGGACAAUUUCGCUAAUUCAGUUGGGAAAAAUGGGGAAGCUUUGAGUUUAAAGAGAGUUGAAAAAAUUACAGGAAAACCAGUAAAAUUUUAUUGCUGUGAUCUACUAGAUAAAGAGAAGCUUCAUGGGAUAUUCAGAAAGCAUAAAAUAAGCUGUGUAAUACAUUUUGCUGCAUUAAAAGCUGUUGGAGAAUCAAUGCAGUAUCCAUUCAUGUAUUACAAAAACAACUUGAUAGCUACAAUUAACCUAUUAGAGGUGAUGCAAGCUGAGCAGUGCUACAACAUGGUAUUUUCAAGUUCAUGUACAGUUUAUGGUAAUCCAGAAUAUCUCCCAAUUGAUGAAUCUCAUCCUACUGGAAAUAUAACUAAUGUUUAUGGAAGAACUAAAUAUUUCAUUGAAGAAAUGUUAAAAGAUGUUUCUUUAGCUGAUGAGAAGUGGAACAUUAUAUCACUUCGUUAUUUCAAUCCAGUUGGUGCUCAUCCUUCAGGGAAAAUCGGUGAAGAUCCCACCAAACCUUUCACUAACCUUAUGCCAUAUAUAGCUGAAGUAGCAAUUGGCAAGAAACCAUACUUAACUAUAUUUGGUGGAGAUUAUGAAACAGCAGAUGGGACUGGAAUAAGGGAUUAUAUACAUAUAAUGGACCUAGCCUCUGGUCAUUUAGCAGCAUUAGUAAAAUUAAGAGAGAAAAACUACCGAUUAAAGAUUUUUAACCUUGGGGCUGGUAAAGGUUUUUCUGUUCUGGAACUAGUGAAAACAUUUGAAUCUGUUACAAAAACCAAAGUACCAUGUAAAAUUGUCGAUAGGAGAGAAGGAGAUAUUGUUAGUAUGUAUGCAGAUCCAAGAUUGGCCAAAGAGGAACUUGGUUGGGAAACAAAAUAUUCAGUUGAACAAAUGUGUGAACAUUUUUGGAAAUGGAAAACACUCAAUCCUGAUGGGUACCAAGAAGUUGAUAGCAGUAAUAUGAAUGGAAAAGUCUAAGCCAAUAUUUAAUAAAUAUUAAUAUUUAAUAUAUAUAAAAUCUGUUAAAUAAUAAAAUGAUUUUAG